GCCGUUUUCUCUGCUCUCGUUCUUCUUCACUUUAGCCGCUUAAAAACGAGAGAGAGAGAGAGAGAGAGAACACAACGGCGAGGAUCGAUAAAGAAGUUGAAAAUGAAGAAGAGGAACUGAGAUUAGGGAUUGAAGAUUCAAGAACUGAAGUGGUUGAGUUCCGGUGUCUCGAUUCAGAACUAAUUUGAAGAAGGUGAAGAGAUGGCUUAUAUCCAGUGCGGUAGAAAUGUUCUGCGUCAAAUCAUUAAGGACACGAGCUUGCGGACUUCUGAUCCCAUGAUUCAUCCAUUUUUAUUCAAUGCUCAGGGAGUCAGAUACAGAAAGUUGGAAGUUAUUCUUACUACUAGCAUAGAGAAGCUCGGUAAAGCUGGUGAAACGGUGAAGGUUGCUCCUGGAUAUUUCCGCAAUCACUUGAUGCCCAAGUUGCUUGCCGUCCCCAACAUUGAGAAAUAUGCGUAUCUCAUCAGAGAACAGAGGAAGAUUUACCAACCUGAGGAAGUGGAGACAGUUACAGUAGUUCCACAAACCAAAGAGGACAAAAUGAAAGAAUUCCAAAUGGCAGCCAAGCGUCUGGAUAACGCUCGCCUGUCGCUGAGGAGGCUCAUCAAGGUCGACAAUGAUUUGCGUUCUCCUGUGACGAAAGAUGAGCUUGUAGAAGAGGUGGCGAGGCAGCUUUUUGUGACCAUACAGCCUGAGAACUUGCACCUACCAUCUCCAUUAACAACCUUAGGAGAGUACGAGGUGCCACUGCGUCUGCCCAGGGCAAUUCCCUUGCCUGUCGGGAAGCUUAACUGGACCCUGAAGGUUAAAAUUAGAAGAAAAUGAACGGUGGGUUUGUUAUCUUAAAAAAUUUUGCCAACAAGAAGCUUUUGCCUGAGAUAGUGGGUGUAAUUGUAUAACUUUGCUGAAAGACAUGGAAAUCUGAAUUAAUCCCCCAGAAUAUUUUGACUUGUAAGUUUCCAUUAGCCAUCCCAAUGUGACUUGUCUCUCUCUCUCUCUGCAUGAGUUUGGACAGUGAAGUUGCCUCGGGAUAUAUCUAACAGAAGUCUGUUGCAGUUUAACA